ACACAGAGAUACGAUAUACUAAUGGAUCUUACGAGCUCGACUAUCUAUACACCUUACUAGUAAGGCUUAGCUGUGUAAUUCUGUUUAUGUCUGACUCAAUAUAACUUGAAACAUGAUGGCAGCGGUGAAAAGUUACAUAUUUCCGUAGAACAGUUAUUCUUCUUCUCCCUGAAGUCUAUUAUGCAUCUGCAAACAGUGAUUUGACCUGGAUUUCGCCAGCUUUCUAACUCAUCUAAGAGUCAUUCCUGAAUGUGUCCCACAUAUGUGCCUAUACCUGAUGUAAGCUUCAAUAUAAAAUCAUAACGGAAAGAACGCCUUGAAUACAGGCCAACCAGCUUAACGACAUUGCCGCGUCACAUGACAACCAGUAUUAAACGAGGAUGUGUACAACCCUAUAGCGACAACGCUUGUCGCGAAAGUUGAGCAAGUUCUGGACAAAAAGGCUUCAAUACCCCAAGAAAAGACCAGAGUCAUCAAGGAAUACUGCAUCACAUCCUCUACAUGUAGCAGAAGACAACACAAGCUCCUCCCAAAUCACAAUGGUGCCAGGGAUCUAAUCAAUAUCCACGAUCAAGACCAUUUGGAUAAUCAUCUGAAAGUGGUCUUUGUAAAGAACUUCCAUCAAGCUUAGCUAUGGCAGAAGACACAGAUAUGCUUCUUCCAAAGCAAUACAGUGACGGUGGUUUACAUUUCAAAAACAUCCAAGAACAUCGCCCUGAUGAGGGAACUUCCACCAAAGAUCUCCUAGACCCCCAAAACCUGGAAGAAUGUGAUGGGAAUGAAGAAGAUUUUGAGAAAACAAAGACACCGUUGACUUUAGCUAAGAAAUUAACGUUUUUAGGUAUUGCAAUUGCCUACAUGUCGGUGUUUACAUCAUUCUCUGUACUUGCUCCAUUCUAUCCUUAUGAGGCACAGAAGAAAGGUGUUACCCCAACAGAAACAGGACUUGUCUUUGGCAUUUAUUCUCUUGUCAGUUUUAUUGCAUGCCCGAUAUUGGGAAAAUAUCUUCCUGUCAUAGGAGGAAAAUUCAUGUUUCUUAGUGGCUCUUUUGUUUCAGCUGGAUGCAAUAUAUUAUUUGGGGUAUUGAAUAGGAUUGAAGAUGAAACAUUGUUUCUGAUCUACUGUUUUUUAAUUCGAAUUUUUGAGGCUGUUGGAUCAUCUGCUGUCCUGACUGCAGGCAUGGCAAUAUGUGCCAAUGUCUUUCCAGAUAAUGUAGCUCAAAUGAGUGGUUUUCUGGAGUUAUUUCUAGGUCUUGGUCUUGCAGUUGGUCCACCUCUUGGAAGCUUGUUAUAUACAAUAGGAGGCUAUGAGCUGCCAUUCUUAGUCUUAGGUUGUACGUCAGUAGCAUUGACCAUUAUAGAUAUAUUCAUAAUACCUGAUACAUCAUCAAGGACAGAAGCCAACAAUCAGGAUGGGUCCCUUCUAGAGAUUCUGAAGAUACCAGCGAUUUGGAUGACAAUGAUUAUUGUUGCUUGGUCUAGUGCCUGCUAUGCAUUCUUAGAUCCAACAUUAGCUCUCCAUGUAACAUCUGAUCCACUGGAUGUAAAACCUUCUUUGGUUGGUGUAGUAUUCUUAUUGAUCGGAGGAACCUAUGCAUUGUCUGCUCCUAUAUGGGGAUACUUAGCAGAUAAAACAAAAAUGACCCGUCUUAUGAUGGUUUUAGGAUGCCUUGUCACUGGGAUUGCUUACCUAUUUGUUGGGCCAAGCUCCCUUCUUCAUAUCCCUAGUCAGCUUUGGAUUGUCAUUGUGGCACUUGGGUUUUAUGGUAGCAUCUCUGGAGCUUGUGUCAUGCCAGCAGUUCUUGAUCUCUUAACAAGUGCUGAGUGGUAUGGGAAUCCAGACAAUCUCUCAACUCAAUCAAUCAUAUCUGGACUCUUCAAUUCAGCAUUUUCCUUGGGGAGUUUUGUUGGACCAACAGCAAGUGGUGCCCUUGUUGAUAAGAUUGGAUUUGUUUCGACGUCAACAUAUAUCGCUGCUGGAAACUUUGUUGUCAUGAUUAUGCUGUCUAUCUUUUGUACGUGGGAGUUUCAAUGUGGAAAAGGACGAAGAAAACCAAUACCAGCUCAAUAAUACUACCUCUCCUAGAUCUGAUGAAGACAAUCUGCUUCUCAUGUGUUAAGUCAAGCUCUUAAACUCACUCUAACAACAAGAUGAUUUGGUAAAUGAAGAGUCGAACAAGAAAAUUUAAUCAAUGUGGGUGAAAAAUCAAAGUGUUACGACAUUUUAAAUUUUCUUAAAUAAUUUAUAUGCAAACAUGGGUGAUAUAAUAUGCAAAUGAGAGGCAGUGGUACCACUCUCUUUCUUUUGUAAUUUAUUGUAUAGAACAACAAAUAAUUUUACUUUUGUAGAUUUGAUAAUGAAGAAGAUGUGGAUUUAAUCAUAAGAGGUUACAAUAAUGGCAAUUUCACAUGUCAAAGGAGUCAAACCUUGAAUGUAUUACUGAUGGAGAAAAUUAAACGCUUUAAAGUGUAUUACUGGUGGAGAAAAUGAAACGCUUUAAAGUGUAAUGAUACAUUGUGUGUAUCACAUACAAUGUAUACACUCACAUAAUCAGCUUCUGUGUAAGCUUGUAAGGUGUCCAGUAUGCAUAUCACAUUUUUGUGAAAUAUGGUAAAACUUUAUAAUGUCAAAUUUUGUUUUAGUAUAAUAAACUUGUUGGGGUUAUGCUUUAUUUUUUUCUUCUCUUUUUAUUCAAAUCAACUUGAUGUUUGGAUGAACCUCGAUUUCAACUUUGUAUCUCAGCUUCCAGUACUUCCAUUAGGUACUCAAGUUAUUUUUGUGAUCAUAUGAUAGUAUUCAAGAGUAUUCAAAGCUUUGUGGUUAUUUACAAAUGAUAUAUACUUUCGCACAAACACAAGCAGAAUCUAUUUAAAAAAAUAUUUUUUGUGUUUGCUAUAUUAUAUCAAAAUGGCUUUUAAAAAGGCAUAACCAGUAAUAAUACUUGUUGUAUUUGUAACUUUAACUUUUAAUAUUAACUUUUCCUAUUAUGUAAUAUGUGAACCAUGUAGAAUAUAUUAAUAUAGAGAGUGUAUUUCUAUUGGAAGAUAUGACAAUAUUAUGAUGUCCAUCUGCAUUGUAUGAAUUUUUAAGAACAAAAUCAUGUUGGGUUGAUUAUGACAAUAUGAACAAGGUUUACAUCACAAUAAUGUGCAUUUGGAUAAUUGAUUAUUGCCAGUUGUAGAAACUACAAUAUGGUAAUAUAGAUCAUCCCAAACUAAUAAUUGUCAAAGUCAUGAAAUGUUGACAAACCACUAUUUAGGAAUGUUGAUAUACCACUAUUUUCAGGUAAGACUAACAUGAUUAUGAAACAGCCCUGCCCCCCCCCCCCCGGACCCUAGUGAGUUGAUUUGGUUAAUGGGAUAUGUUUUCAUAAUCUUCAAGGCAGAUUUCUUUUCUGAAAUUGCAUACAAAAAUCUCAAUGAAUAUGACAAUUUCAUGGAACAAAUGUCAUCUAUUCAUUCAUGUUUUAAUGUCACAUUAUUUGAAUAUUACCACAUAUCUUAUAGUGCUGAUACAAGCUGCAACUAGGGACAAGUUACAAAAAUGUUUUCUAAAGAGAAGUGUUCAUAUGAAUAUCUGACCCAUUAGCAGAAAUUUUAUAAUUCAUUUUCCACAAGGCAUAUUCUGUAGUCCUGUUAGCCUAUAGACAAGGCCUUUUAUCUGAUGUGAUGUUUGCUGAAUGAGUGAAUGUAAUCCUGUUAAAAUUGAAGUGCAUUCAUCCUCUCCCAUUACCACCUAGUCUCCUCUCGGUUAACUGCGAGCAAUUGAAUACAUCAAAAGGCUAUUUAAAAAAAUAUAUAUUUCUCUUUAUAUAUUUAUUUGAAACUUCUGAUUUGUAAACAUGCUCUUAAAAUAUAUAAGUUAUGUUAAUCUUGUGAAUAUUGGUGAAAGCGUACCUAAUGCUUAUUAUGUUUUUGCAAACUCUAUAUUUCCUAGCCUAAAUAAGAGGUGAAUUUAAAUUAAUUAGUACUUACUCAUCCUGUCCUUAUAAUUGAAACUAUUAAUUUGCUUGCCAAUUGUACUAUGUUGUCUAUGAGACACAAUGAAAGCAGCUGCUUUUUAAAAAUCUCUAAUGAUUGAUCGACAUGAGACAAUUAUUUUCAUCUAAAUUUAAUACGAUUUCUCACAUUUUGAUUGAAAUAUCUGGAAUACAGAACUGAAAUUAUCACAGAUGGUAUAGAGGAAAAAAAAGACUGGUGGGGCCACUAAGGCAACCUUCACAUCUCACACAAUUGAAAGUGUGGUUUGAGUAUGCGAAAUGCUUAUACUUGUAUUCAAUUCACUUCUAAGUAUUUUAAUUUAUCAAGCCAACUUUAAGCAAAAUACUAAUAACCAUUGUGGCGUCAUUAAGCCUAAGCCAAAUAAUGCACUUUAUAUGUGUCCAAUAUGCGUAGCAUGGUUGACUUGGCAUAUACAUUUGUGAACUGCAUGCAAGCCAGGCCUUGCCAGUUAGGCAGCUGACCUAGAUUUAAGCAAAAUACCUUGCUAAAAUACAAUUGAAUACCAAAGAUACAUGAAUAUUUUACUGAACCAAAAUACUGAGUAAAAUAUUCAAAUUUCUGGCUUAAAUGUCGUAUUGAAUACCGACCUAGGUCUUAAACCCACUUAGUCCAAUGCCAUGUUGGUCUAAUGUCUACUUCUACAAAUUUAUUUGGCAUAUUGUCAAUUGAAAUCAUUUCGUAUAUAAUCAUAUUGAUUAAGUGUUGUUAGACACAGUGGAUUCACUUAUUUCAAGGUCUAGAAAAGAUUGGUAUCAUUUAUUUCAUGUGAUGGCUGAAGCAGGCCAAGUUGUUAAAAUAUCCAGCCAAUAUUUCAGGCACUUUAUUGUCAAUGUAUAAUAACACAUGAUGUACAGGGUGAAAGUAACCAAAAAUUCAAAGAUCAGCUAUAUCAAGAAUACAUGAUUUAUUCUUGUGAUUUCUAUUCUACAUAACUUAGUAAUUCAUCAUCUUUAAGUUAACUCCUUGCUUACGUCACUAUUAUCACGGGUCACAGAGUUAUGGUCCAGCGAAAGUGAUGAGUACAGAACCUAGUUUUUCCAAGUUUUGGGUUUUAAAGUACAUGCAAGAAACCCACUUUGUUGUAUUAGGUUUAGGUUUCAUCAGAGUUUUACCUGCAGAGUUCAGUAAAAUUUUAUCCCUUCUGAUUCCUUUUUUGCGAGUGAAUGUUACAUAACUGGUGUAUAGCUUCAAUUUUGGUUGAGCACAUACUUGGUGACGUGCAGGCAAGUGUUUGACAGGAGAUACAUGAUCACAAUACCGCAAUGGUUAGAAAAGCAAUGCAAGACAUGCAGCGUCGACAGGGGAGUGAAAACAUUGAAGGUGUUAGUGCAAAGGUAGGGAUGAAUAACAUGCCAGUUACUCACAAAAAAAUUAACAGAUGCGAGAGUUUCACUGAAAUUUGAAGGGAAAAACUCUGAUGAAACCAAAACCUUACAACAAAGUUGGUUUCAUACAUUAAAAAACCCAAACCUGGAAAAAGCAGGUUUUGUACCCUUCAAAGGACAAUAACUCUGUGACUCCUGAUAAUUGUGAUGCAAGCAACGUGUCAAACUAAAGAUGAUGAGUUAGUCAGUUAUAAAUUGUGUAUUUUUAUUAUAGUUGACUUUUGAACUUCGGUGGCCUUUUUUUUAGACACCCUGUAUAUGAAAAAUAAAAAUGUGUUUCUUUCCAGUUUGUGAUCUUUAU